AUGGCAUCAGUGUUGAUCGAAUCUAAAAUGAAUAACAUACCAAGUAAAGAAGCAAUUCGUCUUUGCCGUGAAACUGAAGAUAUAAAAACAAUAUUAGAAUUGACGAAUCAUGUCGAUCCUAUUGUCCGACAACGAGCUUUGAAAGAAAUAUGUCCGUGUCGUGUUAAAGAUGAUAUUGAUGUGUUUUGGGAACGUGUGGUCGAAAUGACUGAUGAUCCGGCUGAUAAUGUUCGAGAACAAGUGCUGCAUACAUUAUGUGAUGGUUCACCAGAUCACAUGGAAAUGAAGGUUUUGGAAGCGCUUGAAAAAUUCAAUCGAGACUCGAAUCCGUAUAUUCGACGUCGAGCACAUAAAGUUCUUUCGGCCUAUCGACGAUCAGGCAAAUGGAAUAUUUUAUAA